UAUUGAUUUUAAAGGAAAUUCUCAGUGGCAGUUCCACAUCUUACUAGAAACACGGCAACAUCCACGAUAAACUUAGAUAUAUGUCAUACGAAUUGUUUUAGAAAUAACAUUUGAAGAGGAGUGGGAGGAAGGAAGAGAGGGUCUUUAAAAUGACCCCUUUCAAAAUAUUUUCUUUCUUCUAAGUAUUGAAAAGACACACUCUCUUUCUUCUUCCAGUGAUCUCAUAGCUAUUUACUGAGGGGAAAUACCAAAUGUUUAUUUAUUUUUUUAAAAGGAGCUCCUUCGGUCUUGAUGAUUCAUGUCGAUAUAAUCUUCCUCCUGACUGCAGAGGCUCUGAGACAAAGCUACACCCCGACCGAUGUGUCGGUGUCAGAACAAUUCCUGUCCUGGAGGAGGGUAUGCAACCUUCUUUUAUUCCGCCCUCACAGACGUCCUUGAGCCCUUGAGACGGAUGUGAGUGCGUUUUUUAGUCCUCAUGCAAAACAACCAUCUAAACAUAACAGAUGACAUCAGCUCGGGGCUUUUCAAUUCCUGGAUGGCAGCAGCGUGUUAAUCCAGCCUUCAUCCUGGAUUUCAUAAACUAAAACAAGAGAGCCUGGCAGGAGGACAGCGCUGCUGCUGGGCUGAGGAAAUUGAUGACGGGGAAGCAUGCGGGCAACCCAGUGUAUAAAACUCUUAAACGUGUAGGCAGAGGCUCAGCUGCCACUUUGGACGGCUGCUUCCCGCCUGAGAAGACCCCGGCGCGGGAAGCGGAGCCCGGAGCCGCGGGAAACAUGAAGAGCCUCUUGCUGCUGGCCACGCUCCUGGUCCCCGCGCACCUGGCAGCGGCCUGGAGCACCAAGUACGCGGUGGAUUGCCCCGAGCGUUGUGACACUAACGAGUGCAAAAGCAGCCUGCGCUGUAAGAGGACAGUGCUGGAUGACUGUGGCUGCUGCCGGGUGUGCGCCGCGGGGCUGGGAGAAACUUGUUACCGCACAGUCUCAGGCAUGGAUGGCGUGAAGUGUGGCCCCGGGCUGAGGUGUCAGUUUUACAGUGAGGAGGAUGAUUUUGGUGACGAAUUUGGUAUCUGCAAAGAGCAUGACAUGGCAUCUGGAGAUGGCAAUGCUGUGAGAGAAGAACUCAUGAAGGAGAAUGCUGCCCGGUCUCCUGGAAUGAAGUGGUUAAAUCCACGCUGAUCCUGGGUGCGAUUUCUGAGAGAAGACUCUUUUAAUGAUGAUUCACACAGCCAACAUUUUAGGAAUUGUCUGUAUUAUAGCAUAUGGACAUAUAAUUUUUGGAGACCAAGUCUGAGUCAGGGUGGGUCCAGAAAAAAAAGUAGGCUACUAAUAAUCCAUAAAAAUGCAUAUGACUGAACUCUUUUAGAUGUGUUAAAUAUUGGAAUGCAUAUAGAUUUGUUAAAUAUGUGUUUAUAGUAAUCAUGAAGAACUAAAAAUGCAAUUUAGAUAACUCUAACUUGGAGAGAGAUCAGCCAAAGAGAAAGCUAGCCAAAUCUGAAGACCACAGUGAGUCUACAGUUUUUUGACUCAAUGUACAUUAAUGUUUCGAUACAGGAUGGAGGAAGACUUAGGAGCAAGAGUAUGUGGGGUGGGGUGGGAGAAUGUGAUAUUUAGGUCUUCCGUGUGGUAGCUUCAAUAGAAUUUAAUUGUGCUUCCCCCCCCCCACUUUGGGAAAAGUCAAAACAAAACAAUCCCUGAAGGAAGUGGUAUGUUUGAAGCUUGUGGGAGUUUGAGUAGCAGCCUUGAAUUGAGGCAGGUUUCAAAGGGCUGCUAAUGUAGUUCCCAGGUUACUGCAUCGGAAGGAUGGUUCUGGGGCAGAGGGCAAACGUGCACUUCCAUAAAUGGUUGUAAAGAGUGCCACCUCAGACUGAGAGAGCAAGGAAGGAUUUUGCCUACUUGGGUGAAGUGUGAAGGUAAAUAUUUAUAUAUUUUUGUAAACGAUUGUUAGUACAAGUCAUCCUCCACACCCAUAUUUAUCAUCCUUUCGAGAAAAUAAACAUAUAUUGUUUAAGAUGGUUAGAAUAAAUGUAUAAGUCUAUAAGCUUUUGAAACAUCCAAGGCAUGGUAAAUUUAUUAUUAAUAAUUAUAGUAAUAUUAACAGUAAUAAGCAUAAGAGAAACCUAGAAAAAUUUAGUCACAAUGGAUUUAAAAAAGGUCAAAAUAUGAGCAAUAGAGGGAAUUUAUUUAAAAGUAAGAGCAGUGACUUAAAUGAGUUUCAAAUUUAAAGUAUAAAAUGCUUUUUAGUAGGUUUGGAGAAGAGUCAGUUUCAGCAGGAAAUGUCAACUUUAAAAUAUUGUUCAUUUUUAUGUAUUUUUUUCUUUAAACUUGGUCGAUAAGUGGAAUUAUGUGUACACUUGGAAGGAUGUUAGCACAAACUGGACUGUUGUACUAGAUUUUGUUAGGAAAUAUUUGAAGAAGUAUUUUAUUUGGAGUGAAGAAUUAUUUAAGAAUAAUUUCACUAUUUACCUAUAUUUUAUUCUCAAAGUUUGCCAGCAGAGUUGUGAAUAUGUGUGUGGGAGGGUCUUUGAAUGUAAGCUAAAUAAGCUGUUAGGAUUUAUUUUAAAAGGACAAGUUUAUGAUUGAUCAAUAAAAAAAUAAGACAGCUGC